AUGAUACGGGGCAGAGGUGGAUCAACUAUAUCGAGUAAUCCCUUAUUAUCACGUGUACCCCGAUACCAUCAUCAAUUAACUCGUUCUAAUGAGUUAUUAUUUCGUAGAAAUAUUGGAUUUGUGAAAACUGCCAUUAAGAUUACUAAGCUCCCAGCCUAUUUGGGAGGAGCUUUAGCAGCUGGUGGAUCAUAUGUGGCCUAUAAAGUAGAGCAAGCAUCAAGUUAUACUCAGGAGAAGUUAUCGUCAGUAUCAGACUUUUUGGAUAAAACAGGUGAUUUUUUUUCUGGAGUCUUUAGUGGUUCAUCUCAAGGUGGUCCUGAUCCUUCUGCUAAUGGUGGAGGAGGUAACAAUGGAGAUACAGCUACUGCUGUUGGAGCCACUGCUGCUGCUGUGGGAUUAAGUAAAGAUGAAGAAGAUCAAUCACAGGAAGAAGAAGACAAUGAAGAAGAAGAAGAUGAAACGCUUAUACCUGAAGAAGACGACGAAGAAAUUGACGUAGAAAAUGAUGAAACUAAUGAUGAAAUGUUGAAUUUGACAAGACAAAUGAUUGAAAUAAGAAAUUUAUUAUCAUCCAUUGAUCAUGAUGGGUUAAGAUUACCUUCCAUUGUUGUAAUUGGAUCUCAAUCAUCCGGUAAAUCUUCAGUAUUGGAAAGUAUUGUAGGUCAUGAAUUUUUGCCAAAGGGUUCUAAUAUGGUGACAAGAAGGCCAAUUGAAUUAACAUUAAUCAAUAGUCCUGAAUCGGCUGCUGAUGUAGCCGAAUUUCCUGCCUUAAAGAUGUUUAAUUUAACUGAUUUCGAACAAGUUCAAAAGAUUUUAUUCGAUUUAAACAUGGCAGUACCAGAAACUGAAUGUAUUUCCAAUGAUCCAAUUCAAAUAACAAUUAAAUCUCCCAGAGUUCCUGAUUUAUCCCUCGUAGAUCUUCCUGGUUAUAUUCAAGUUGAAGCUGCUGAUCAACCACUUGAGUUAAAACAGAAAAUUAGAAGAUUAUGUGAUAGAUAUUUAGAAGCUCCAAAUAUUAUCUUGGCUAUUUCUGCUGCAGAUGUAGAUUUAGCUAAUUCUUCUGCAUUAAGAGCUUCUAGACUUGCCGACCCAAGAGGUGAAAGAACCAUUGGUGUUGUCACUAAAAUUGAUUUGGUUGAUCCAAUCCAAGCUACCAAAAUCUUAACUAAUAGAAAAUACCCUUUAAAAAUGGGUUAUGUAGGAGUUAUAACCAAAGCUCCUAAGACUGUUAAACCAGGAAGUGGGUUAUUUUCUAGAAAGGCAAUUACAGGUUAUCAAGCUUAUGUAGCUCAGCAAAACUUUGAACAUACUUACUUUAAAGAAAAUAGAGAAGAAUUUGUAGGAACUACAACUGGAACUAGAAAUCUUCGAAGAAAAUUAAUGAAAGUCUUGGAAAAGUCUAUGGCAGCAUCAUUAAGACCAACGCAUUUUACAAUUCAACAAGAAUUAGAAGAGACUUCUUAUCAAUUCAAAGUACAAUUUAAUGAUCGACCAUUAACUCCUGAGAUGUAUUUAGCAAAUAAUAUUGAUAUGUUAAAGUUAGCUACCAAAGAAUUAAGUCACAACUUUUCAAGAAGAGAGUUGAGAUCGUUAUUAAAGAAUGAAUUAGAUCAAAAGGUUCUUGAUUUAUUAGCAGAAAGAUAUUGGAAUAAACCAUUCCAAUUAGGUAAAUCCAAUACAAUUAUUGAACCUGAUUUAAAGGAAUUAUCUCAAAUUUCCAAUAUUGAAGAUGAUAUAUAUUGGCACAAGAAAUUGGAUUUAACUACUAGUUCAUUAACUAAAUUGGGUGUUGGUAGAUUAUCUACCAAUUUAGUAACCAAUGCAUUAAUUACAGAGGUUGAAAAUUUAGUAAAUAAUACUCAAUUAAGAAAUCAUCCAAUGGCCAAGAAUGCUGUUAAGGAUGCUGCUAAAUCAGUAUUAGGGGGAAAGUUCUUCUCUACUGCUGAUCAAGUAGAAAAUUGUAUAAAGCCUUACAAAUAUGAGAUUGAACUCGAAGACAGAGAAUGGCAGACUAGUAAAGACAAUGCUGUAUCACUCUUGAAAGAAGAAAUAAGACAAUGUGAUGAAGUAUAUAAUAGUUUAAAGAAACAAGUAGGAGGUAGAAAGUUACUGCAAGUAACCACCUACCUUGAGAAAUUGAAACAACAACAAAAUCAAGAACAAAAUGUUGAUUUUAACUCUCAAGAAACUUUGGGAUUUUCACCCACUUUAAUUAAAUGUGGUGAAGAAGCUAUAUUCUUAAAGGAUAGAUUAUCACUUCUUAAGAUGAGAUAUCAGUUCAUUAAGAACUCCAAAAAGUGUAAGAAGAAGGAAAACAAAUACCAAUGUCCUGAAAUCUUCUUGGAUGCCGUAGCAUCUAAAGUAACAUCCACUUCAAUUCUUUUCCUUAACGUUGAAUUGUUGAGUGACUUCUACUAUAACUUUCCUCGUGAAUUGGAUUUGAAAUUCUUUAAUAAUUUAUCCAAAGAAGAGAUUGAAAACUUUGCCAAGGAAGACCCCAAAAUUAAAAAGCAUAUUGAGUUACAAGAACGGAAAGAUUUAUUAGAGAAUGCCUUAAGUAAGAUCGAGAGUGUUUUAGCCAUUCAAAGAACCAAAUUAGGUGGGGUUGGUGAUAGCAAAGAUAAGAAGAGUGCUUCAAUAUUUAAUUGGGGUAGUUAA